ACCAGGGUCUGGAAGGAAGCUUGCAGAAGGCAAAGGCCCACUCAUCUGCUGAUGUGCAACAUCAGCUGGACCAAGUUUGCGGGAGGCUCCUUUCUUCAGACGCAAUUGUCGAUGAAGGCAUUGUUGAUUCUCUGAGUGAGGAUGACGACGAUGACGAGGAUUCACAGGAGGAAUCGGAGCCGGAGCCAGAACUUGACAUGGACGACAUUGUGCAAGCAUUGCCUCACCAGAUGUAUGGCGAUCAGCUCUUGAAGGUGUUCUAUGAAGAAGAGAACCAGGACACUGUGUCGCAACGAGCAUUGACAGUAUCAAGGCUCGAAGAAUCAUCCCCCUACCAAUCUUUAGAAGAGACAACAGUGAAUGCUCCUGAGACGUCCCAGUCUGACGAAAUAGACUGCUCCCAGGCAACUCAACCUGAAGCUGUUGAGUUUGCAGCUCCUCCGGUCGACGAACAAGCCUCCGAGCUCGUGAAGCAGCUGACAGGUGAAGAGAAGACGCUCGUGGCCCCAGCAGGACCAACUGCCCCACCUAGUGAAAAAGUGAACGGACUCAACCUACAAGAGUACAGCAUAGCGUUCAGCUCAAGACCCAAAAUUCCACGCACCCCAGAGCCCAGCGGUGGUGGCACCUCCAGCAGAGUGGACUCCACACCGACCAGCUCGCAGUCGCUACGGAGGAGCCCCGCCAGCACCGCAUCCAGGGGCAACACUUCUUCAGUCCGUCCAGCGUACAGCACAGAACAAGAAUGAACGGUGUUCCUUCAAGAAAAUCCUGCUGGUGGUUCUUAGUUCACUCAUUUCAAGAUAAGAAAAUAGAAACCCUAUUUUGAUCUUUAUGCUGAACUGUUUUACUGGUGUUCAAUAAAGCUCC